UGGCCAUUUUCCUUUUUGCUGCAUGCGAUUCGUUUCGGUAUUAGUAAGAUUGGUAAUGAUGGAUCUGAAGGAAUGGUCUUCUCCAGAGCUCAACGAGAGCAAGAAAUGCUGCUCCGAUUGCAAAACCACCAAGACUCCUCUGUGGAGAGGAGGACCAGCUGGACCUAAGACUCUGUGCAACGCCUGCGGAAUCAGGUACCGGAAGAGAGGGAGUUGUUCGAGGAAGAGAGAGGAGGUGGUGGUGUUGCACCGGACAUCCUCUGUUGUGAAGAAACAGAGGUGGAAGAUGUUGGGAGAAGAGGAACAGGCGGCUGUGUGUUUGAUGGCCCUGUCCUGUGGUUUUUUUACCAUUCCUUCACUUACCGCAUUCCAGGUAACCUAAUUACCAGUAAUCCACAAUCCGACAAUCCUUUUUUCAUGUCGUAUUAUACCUAACCUCGUAUCUCUGUUUGUCUUUGAGCUUUGUAAAGGUCUUAUGUAUUGUUGAUGAUGUUAGGGCCUAGAGGGAAUUGUUUCCCCUUUUUCUUUUACGCUGUUAAUAGAUAGGUUGAGUUAGUUAGUUAGUGAUGUAAGUAUUCCAUGAUCAAUGGCUGCACUUUUCUCUUCCUUUCUGUUC